AUGCACACGGGAAUAAUUGUGUCAACACUGGAACCUGGGAGAGAAUAUGGGGGGCAAGAGGGGCACCGUGCCGGUGUGUUGUGGGGUCGGCAGUGGAAAGGGUGGGGGGGAAAAGGGAAAGGGGAGGAGGAAGAAAAACAGGUCCUACAGAGCUACCGUGCAGGCGCCAGUAAAGACAGCACGACUGGGAGGAGGUGGGGGCACGGGGACCCUGCUGAAACUCUCAACAGAUGCGUGAAGCUCUUGUCAGCAUUCCUGCUAGGGGACCCCAACCCAAAGGGACAUCACUGCAGGCUGUGGUCCCCCAACCCCCCCGUGAUGUGA